AUGGGCACUCCAGGGAAAUGGUUAAAGUCACUUAUCAGUCUCAAAAAGCCCCCCACAAGUGACCAGGAGAAGGUGGGGGACAAGAGCAAGAAGAAGUGGAAGCUUUGGAGGAGUUCAUCAGAAGGGUUUGGAUCAUCAUCGAAAGGUGGGAUGAAGAGGAGCCAAGUGGCAGCUGCAGAGCCGUUGAAUUCGCUCGACGAUGCAUUAGCUGCUGCCAUGGCUACUCUGGUCAGAACUCAACCUAAAAACUUCAUUGUCAUCAAGAAAGAGUGGGCUGCUAUUCGGAUCCAAGCCGUGUUUCGGGGAUUCUUGGCAAGGCAGGCUUUGAGGGCCUUGAGAGCAGUGGUAAGGCUUCAAGCUAUAUUUCGUGGUCGACAGGUUAGGAAGCAAGCCGCUGUUACAUUGAGGUGCAUGCAGGCACUUGCUCGAGUUCAGGCUCGAGCUCGAGCACAAAGGACCUCUCCAGAAGGGCAAGAAUCUGUGCAAAACUCAUUAGAUGAACAUUGCUACCAAGCUGAUCCCAUUAAGCAGGCUGAGCAAGGAUGGUGUGAUAGUCCAGGAACAGUGAGUGAAGUUAGAGCAAAGCUGGAAAUGAGGCAAAGAGCAAACAUCAAGAGGGAGAGAGCAAUUGCAUACUCCUUCUCUCAACAGAGAUCAAGAUCAAAUGCCAGUCCAUAUUGUAGGACAAGCAAGACAGCAAAGGCUGUUAGGCAUCAGAAGGUGGACGAUAACAAUUCGGGAUGGAGCUGGUUAGAAAAAUGGAUGGCAGCCAAGCCAUGGGAAAAUAGGCUGAUGGAAGAGAUUCAAAGUGUGCCUUCAGCAGUCACUCCUUGUUCCAGGAAAAGUGGAGAUGGCAUUGUUGGCUUUUAUCCAUAUUCUUCAGAACAGAACUCAGUGAAAGUGAGAAGGAACAAUGUCUCAACCAGGGUUUCUGCUAGACCUCCUACAGCAAGUCCAAUAACUCGCUCGUCUUCUGCUCCAAGUUCUGAUUUUCUGCAGGAUGAGAGCUCGGCAUCAACUUCGUGUACUACUGCAUCUCCAACUCUGGUGUUUAGUAACAAUCUAAAGGUGGAAAAUGGAGACGAAACUAAUGUAUGCAAACCCAGUUACAUGAGUCUCACAAAAUCAACUAAGGCCAAGCAGAGAACUUCCAAUUGUUUUGAUAUGCAGAGGUUUUCCAUGGAGGAGUAUCAUUACCAUAACAAGUCAAUGGGGCUUUCUAAUGGGGAUACAAGGAGCAACUGCGGUUCUGAUCUAUAUCCUCCAAUAUCUGUGGGCAGAGUUCAACGAGGAAGAUAUCAAUGA